AUGUCUGCAAGUCCUCCUGACGCAGCACAGCCAAUCAGUUCUGUGAAGCUGUAUAGCAUCUUGGCCGGGCUCAUGAUAGCCACGUUCCUAAUAUCAUUGGAUGUCUCCAUCAUCGCUACUGCCAUCCCCCCAAUAUCAAUCCAAUUCCAUGCUACAACAGACAUCGGCUGGUACGGAGCGACCUACCCACUCACGAUGUGCGCUCUUCAACCUCUCAGCGGCAAGCUCUCCUCACUGAUAUCGCUGCGAUGGACCUACCUCGCAUUCUACGUCAUAUUCCUGCUCGGAUCCCUGAUCUGCGGCGUGGCCAACAGCUCCAGGAUGUUCAUCAUCGGACGAGCCGUCGCGGGGGCCGGAGGCUCCGGGGUAGUAUCGGGUGGGCUCUCGGUGAUUGCAAUGAUCACCACCCCGCAGCAGCUCGCCCCGAUCAUCGGCGGCGCGCUGACUGAGCAUAGGACGUGGAGGUGGUGCUUUCUCCUCAACCUGCCCGCAGGAGCCGUGACGGUGCUCGACCUUCUCGGAUGCGCGCUCUUCAUACCCUCCAUCAUCAUGAUUAUGCUGGCCCUGCAAUGGGGCGGCAGCGAAUCCGCCUGGGAUUCAGCGACGGUGCUCGGACUCUUCGUCGGCUUCGCAUUCACGAUGACAAUCUUUGUCGUCUGGGAGUGCCACAUGAAGGAGCAAGCCAUGAUCCCCAUCGUGCUGUUGCAGGGCAGGUCGACCAUGCUCAGUCUUGCCUUUGCGUUUGUGUUCAUGGGGUCGUUCGUCAUCCCGGUGUAUUUUCUACCCGAAUGGUUCCAGAUCGUCCAGGCCGCGAGCCCCAUGCGCAGCGACGUCAUGCUUCUGCCGUCGGUGUGCAACCAGGUGCUUGGAUCCCUCGUCUCCGGGAUCCUAGCCAAGAACCUCAGCUACUACAACCCGUGGCUCUUCAUCGGCUCCGCCUUCCUCUGCAUCGCCAACGGGCUGUACACAACCUUCACUGUCUCCUCAGGACCCGGCCUGGGCUGUGGCGUUGCCGCCCAGUUCCCUUUGCUGAUGGUGCAGCUGGCACUGAAGGAUCGACCGCGCGACGUCCCUGUUGCGAUCGCCACGGUUCUUUUGACGCAGUACUUUGGGAGUGCGGUGGUGCAGAGCAUCGGGGGAACCAUUUUUCAGACUGAACUGAGAAAGCAGCUGCGGGAUCGGGCUUCGUUGGAGUAUACGCAGGUGGAGAUGUUGCUUGAGGCUGGGACCCGCGGGAUGCGCGAGGUGGCUGCCCAGGCAUUUCCGGAUCGGUUGGCUGAGGUGGUUGUUGCGUAUGACAAGGCUAUUACUACUGUGUUUUAUCUUCCCGUAGCUGGGAGCGCUCUGGCGUUUAUAGUAGCCGGCGGGAUUCCAUGGGUCAAUACUCGCCCGGCGCAGGGAAAUGGUGACUUGCUUUGUGCAGAGCGAAGUGAGAAAUCUCAGUCGGAUGGGCAGGUCACUGUGUGA